AUGGAUGAGAUGAUAUUCAAGCCGUCACGAUAUGUGGAUGUACCUCAUAUCGACCUACUCUCAUGGACGUUUGGAAACCCAGAAUAUGACCUCAAUAAGCCCCUUUUUAUUAAUGCAUACAAUGAAUCCGAAUCCAUCUCCUACCAUCAAGCCAAGUGCUCUGUCCGGAAAUUGAUUGCGGGAUUCAGAGCGCUGGGUUUAAAAGCGGGAGAUAGCGUUUGCCUACACUCCUUCAACAAUGUGAACUACUCCCUCAUAUACCUCGCAGUUGUUGGCUUUGGCGGGCGUUUCGUGGGAUCGAAUCCGUCAUGGACAUCCUCAGAACUCAUCCACCUCUUCACAUUAUCUGAAGUGAAAUGCGUUCUCACCGAACCUGGAUUCCUCUCCAGCGUACUGCCAGCGACUAAGGAAGUGGGUAUCUCUUCGCCCAAUGUUUUCAUUUUCAGCUCCUCCACUGAAGAUCAAUCUUCUUCAUCUGAUCUAAAAUUAUGGACAUCCCUCCUUGACCACGGAGAAGAGGAUUGGAUAUCGUUCAAUGACGAAAAACAAGCCAAAGCUACGACUGUAGCAUUGAUGUCAACUAGUGGGACGACGGGUAUGCCGAAAGCAGCCGAAAUCUCGCAUUAUGCUCAAAUAGCACAAAGCAUAAUGCUCUACGACUCAAAAGAGAAGCCAUAUCAAGUCAUCCGUCUUCUCUGCCUCCCUCAAUUCCACGCCUUCAACGCCCCAAUUGCCCACAUCGCCCCUUUAAGAGAAGGCCACACAACCUACGUGAUGAAACGUUAUCAACCCGCCAAGUAUACAGAAUUCAUCUCACGCUACAAGAUCAGCGAAACCACUAUGGUAAACCCUAUCAUCUUCAAUCUCCUCGCGCUGCCGGAAAGUGAAAGAGCGGCGCUGGACUCAUUAAGAUUUGUCUGGUGCGGAGGCGUGGCACUUGAUGCUGUUGUACAAAAUAAACUCAGUGGGAUUUUGAACCCUGAUGCGAUCGUGGCGCAGGUUUAUGGCAUGACGGAGAUUGGGUGGAUAGUUACAAUGCAUUUUCCUGAGAAGGAUGACACGGGGAGCGUGGGGAGAUUGUUACCAAGUAUGGAGGCGAAAAUCAUGGAUCCAUUAACCAACCUCCCAAUAACCACCCAUUCCAUCCCAGGAGAAAUCUACCUCCGCGGCCCCUCCCUAAUGACAUCCUAUAUUUCAAACCCCCACGCCACGAAAGAAACUAUUAUAGAUGGCUGGCUUGCUAGUGGUGAUAUCGGUUAUGUCUCCCCUGAGGGAAAAUGGUAUGUCACAGAUCGCAAGAAGGAACUUAUUAAGGUUCGUGGAUGGCAAGUUUCUCCUACAGAGCUAGAAGCGUGUUUGCUAGGUCAUCCAAUGGUGAAAGACGUUGCAGUUGUAGGCGUGGAUGAGGGAGAUGAGAGAGGGGAGGUGCCGAGGGCAUAUGUUGUUCUUGAGGGUGGGGAGGAAUGGAUAAUGAUGGAUGAUAAAGGUGACCUGAACGAAAAGGGUGGGACUAGGUUCAAUGGAAUAAAUGGAAAUACGGAGAUGCAAGAGGAUAUUAAAUUGUAUUUGAAGGGGAGAUUGGCGACAUAUAAGGUACUUGCCGGUGGUGUUAAAUUUGUGAGCAGGAUACCGAGAAGUGCGGCGGGGAAGACACUGAGGAAGGUUUUGAAAGAUGGUCAGAAGGCAGAGAAUGGGAUCGGUGCUCUACAGGGUGCAGUUUACUCCAAUGGACAUGCAGGAAAAUAG